UGUUUUGUUUUUAUUUAUUUGUUUGUGUUUGUGUGAAGAAAAUGAAAACAAACCGUUCAAAAUUUGCAGUAAUUUGCAGCUGCAUUCCGAGUGCGAAGUACAGUAUCAGAAAUCUGUGUUGAAUUAAUGCACAUGAAUUCUCUGUUUUGACAGAAACCUCGGGAAGUCAGGCCUGCGAGUUUCCUGCCUUGGAUUAGGAACAUGGGUGACGUUUGGGGGACAGAUAACAGACGAGAUGGCAGAGCAGCUGAUGACUAUGGCCUAUGAAAAUGGCAUCAAUCUGUUUGACACGGCGGAGGUCUAUGCUGCUGGGAAGGCAGAGGUGGUGCUCGGAAACAUCAUAAAGAAGAAAGGAUGGAGGCGUUCAAGCCUGGUGAUAACAACCAAGAUCUUCUGGGGCGGAAAAGCAGAAACUGAAAGAGGUUUAUCCCGGAAACACAUUAUAGAAGGUUUAAAGGCUUCUCUAGAACGACUGCAGUUAGACUAUGUGGACGUGGUCUUUGCCAACCGACCCGACCCAAACACUCCAAUGGAAGGUAACUCCUCUCCCCGUUUUCUUCUUAUUCAAAAAUAAACCUCCUGUUUGCCUGGAUGACUACUGCAGCGUGAGGAGCUGGGUGUACUAAGCUCUUGUAACGGAAGCAUCUAUUUUUACAUGCUGCGUGUGGUCCGGGUGCUUCCACCUCCACAGUCAGAAGGAUGAUAGAUACUGAUGCUGGAGACCUUUAAAUGGCAGAGUGCUAACCAUGUGUGGGCUCAGCUGGACGCUCGGUAUCCAUCUGCUGUGGCGGUUUAGUUCCUCUGUGGGUUAAAGUUGAACCAGAGGUCGUUUUCUUUAUUCUGUUCUGUAGUUUUUCCUGCCUACGGGCUCUUUAGUAAUACUUCACUGUCACGUUUGGGAGAAGUAGCCGACGGUGUUCGGCGGGAAAGUCAGUCUUCACGUCUUAACGAUUUCUCUCCGCUCACACGGACAGCUUUGAGAUCUCGGAGUUCCUCGUGGUUGAGUCAAUCUGGUGUGUUUUAUUGUGGCUGUAGCUAUAGGGGUAGUUAAUAGAUGGAUGCAGGAUUACUGAGGGUUGAUGCA